AUGUCCAUCGAGUCGGUGAUGCCAUCCAGCCAUCUCAUCCUCUGUCAUUCCCUUCUCCUCCCACCCUCAAUCUUUCCCAGCAUCACAGUCUUUUCAAAUGAGUCAUCUCUUCGCAUCAGGUGGCCAAAGUAUUGGAGUUUCAGCUUCAACAUUAGUCCUUCCAAUGAACACCCAGGACUGAUCUCCUUUAGGAUGGACUGGUUGGAUCUCCUUGCAGUCCAGGGGACUCUCAAGAGUCUUCUCCAACACCACAGUUCAAACGCAUCAAUUCUUCAGCACUCAGCUUUCUUUAUAUUCACAUCCAUACAUGACUACUGGAAAAAACAUAGCCUUGACUAA